GGCGUCAGGGACCGGGAGAGGAGGGCGGGCGGAAGGAAAAGCGGGCCUCCAGGUGACGAAGACUGGCCCUCCACAGUAGGAGUGGCCCUUUGUCAGGGGAGCGUCACCCCCACGUCCCAGCACUCCCAUUCCUCAUCCUUAAAGGGGAGACUUCAAUUUUAAGAAGCAGCCGAGCCCAGGGUGGCCUGGAGCCCCCACACGGCGGCGCCCAGCGCCCCGCGCCCCGCUGCCGCCUCUCAGGGCCCCGGGAGGACAGUGGCAGCAUGCACGUCCCCGAGAGCCUCCAGGACCUGGCCGACAGCGAAGCCGUGCGGUUCGUGAGGAGGCCCAAGACCGCCGCGCGGAUCUGCGCAGGGGUCUUCUCCCUCAUCAUCUUCUCCUCCCUGCUGACUGAUGGCUACCAGAACAAGACAGAGUCUCCACAGCUCCACUGCAUCCUCAACAGCAACAACGUGGCCUGCAGCUUUGCAGUGGGUGCCGGCUUCCUGGCCUUCCUCAGCUGCCUAGUCUUCCUGGUCCUGGAUGCCCACGAGAGCCGCAUAGCCAGUUCCCGGUUCAAGACAGCCUUUCAGCUCUUGGACUUCAUCCUGGCAGUCCUCUGGGCAGUCAUCUGGUUCAUUGGUUUCUGCUUCCUGGCCAACCAGUGGCAGCAUUCUCCGCCCAAACAGUUCCUCCUGGGAAGCAGCAGUGCCAAGGCAGCCAUCGCCUUCACUUUCUUCUCCAUUCUUAUCUGGAUAUUCCAGGCCUACCUGGCAUUCCAGGACCUCCAAAAUGAUGCUCCAGUCCCCUACAAGCGCUCCCUGGAUGAGGGCGGUGUGGUGCUGACCACCCUCUCCCUGCCCUCCACCACCAGCCCUGUCAACACACCCACCACUGGCCCAAACAGCCUGAGUUAUGCCAGCUCUACCCUGUCUCCCUAUAUGACCACUCCAAAGGCCCCCCGCCUUGCUAUGAUGCCUGGCAACUAAACAUCCUUAUCCAUAUCAGUAAAGAGAUGAUUCUCCCUCCAGAAGUAUUUCUGAA